AUGACAUACCGGGGCUCCUUGCCUUCGGGGCAGGCCUUCAAUGGCCAGCAGCACGUCCCCCAACCUUACCACGAUCCCUACGGCAAUGGCAAUGGCAAUGGCAAUGGCGGCGGGAGCGGGAAUGGCCAGAAUCCGAACUACGCGAACGCUGCAUACGGCACUCACGGCCAAGCGCAACCGGUUCACGGCAACUACCAUCAACCGCCUGCCCCAGCUCCUGCUCCCAUUCUUCCUGCGCCUACGCCGAUGAAUAUGCAGCCAAACGGAUAUGGGCAGUUCCCUGCGUAUGGCGGCACCUUCCCGCAGCAGCAACCGCAAUACCCCCACCAUCACCAACUCCAGCAGCCUUUCCCUCACGGGAAUGCGAUGAACGUACAGUUUGCGCCUCCUCACUCGCCCUUCAUUCAAACUACACACGCCUCUCGUUCCCCUGCGCUUGCGCCUGCACCGACACCGACGCCGACGCCGCCGAUUUACGCUGAGUAUCAGGCGCCGCAACAGCCGCAACAACCACAAUUCCAACCUCAUUUCCAGCAACAACCUCAACCACCGCCUCAACCGCCGCAGCAGCUACAGCAGCUACAGCAACAGCGAAGCCCCCAAGUCUUUCCGGCUGUACCACAAUAUGCCCAGUUCUCUCAGCCGCCCAUGGGUCAAACUCAGACCGUACCAGUUCUGAACCAAGCUUUCGCCGAACCUUCCCCAGUCCAACCGAGCCCUGAGCCUCACUACGCCAACUCGCCUACUGUUCAGCCGGCACGAUCUCCCAGUAUAGCGAGAAAGUCACCUGCAAUAUCCUCGAUGAACUCUCCGGCCAUAUCCUCCAGAGGUUCACCCGCCUUAUCGACGAAAGCAAGGUCUUACGACACGACGACGAUCCUUGUUCACGUGGCAGAAGAGUGUUUCGAGAAGGCGCGCCGUGGCGUACAAAGAGUGGCGGUAUCUGGGUCAGACGAGCAAGUGCGCGAAUACCAAAAGUUGAUUACGACUGGACUGGCGUGUCUCGAGGCCGCAUUCCAAAGUAAUCGACUGUCUCCGAGACAAGAGGCGAAAGCUAGGUUGAGAUAUGCGUCUAUCUUGUGUGACGAGACCGAGAACCUUCAAGAGGCAGAAACAGCCUUGAGCAAGGGCAUCACCAUCUGCGACAAGCACAGAUAUGCCGAUCUCAAGUACUGUAUGCAAUAUCUUUUGCUUAAAGUACUGUUUCAGAGAAACCAGAAGGCGGCAUUCAUCGCUGUUGACAAGAACAUCGCAGACUGUCUAACGUUUAAACACAUACACUGGGUUUACGCCUUUCGUCUGCUAAAGGCCACGUUUCAUGUCCACGCGGGUAGUCCACCUGAUGCAGCAGUGCUGGACAACUUGCGCGCUAUCGUCGCUCUAGCGAGCGAGCGAGGCGACAACGCAAUGGUUGUCUUCGCCUCUCUCUUAGAAGGCUUGUCGGUGCUGAGGAACAUGCGCUCUGAUACCAUCGAACGAGUGCAAACUUGUCUGGCACAAGCCACCAAGUUUCAGCUGGAUCCUUCUGUUCAGAUUCCGCAGCUGGAUGUUUUGACGCUGUUGCUCGAUCUUGCGUGUAGCAUGCACCAGAAAACGCCCGAUAUCUUGAUUCAAAAGCUGAGAACACUUCAGGCAAAGCUUGAUGCAAAUUUGGGAUCCCAGACAUGGACCGAUCUGAAUCCUGAUAUCUUGAUACCUGUCAAGAAGCACAACUCAACUUCUGCAACUCUCAGCGAUGAUACCUCAGCAAUUCUUCGAUCUGGGCCGAUUAACGGACAACACGAUUACAUUGUCAUGACCUUUCUGAACCGGCUAGAGAUUAUAGUAUUGACCUACACGUUUAGUGGUUUGGCCGGCAUGUACCGCCCUGGUUCGGAUCCUAAGAGGAGUCACGAAUUCUGGAAGGAGGGAUUUGAUGUAUUGGCAAAAUGGAACAAGGAGAUAGCCCCUAGUGUUCCCGCGGCAUCUCUGCGCGAGUCGAUGGAGCAGUCUAAAUGGAGGACCGAAAUCUUCUGUUAUUUGCAGGCUCUGACGGGGCUAUACUUCGCAACUCACAGCCAAUGGCCGAAGGUUGAACAGUGCGUGGCACAACUACAGCAGGCCAUUACGCCAGCUGUGAACGAGAUUUUCAGCAUAUUUUCGCUCUACCUCUCCGGAGUCUAUCAUCAAGGCACUGGUGAUCUGGAGACAGCGCUGUUGCUCUUCGAAGACGAGAGGUUGAGUAUUGAUGCGGGCCGUGGGGGUCCAGGUGGCAGAAAGCCUGCUAAGCUGGAGCUGUGCAUACUCGCUGCGCUGAACCGUAUCUGGAUCCUUCAAGACUCUUCUUACCGCGACGAAAUGACGUCUACCGAGCUAUUGGACCAGUUGCGGCCGAUGUGUAUGGAACAUCAAGACUCAGACAUACGCACCGCCUUCAAUCUCGUACAGGCAACGGCUCAGACGAUGCCCCCACCGUCUAUGCAUCAGAUCAAAACGAGUAUCACGAACUCGUUGAAUGGGUCUCGGGUUACAGGCAACACGCACUGUCUGGCGAUAGCUCUCAGCAUCAUGCGGUCCAGAUUGUUCGAUAAUGUGGUGGGCGAACAAGCUCUUAAAAGCGCAAGGGCAGCUUCGACACAGGCGAAGCGGAGUGGAAACUUGCUUUGGAUGAGCGUGGCGGAUGGUAUGCUGGCUGAUUCUUUUGAAGUCCAAGCACUAUUCGCAGACGCCGAAGCAGCGCGACAGACGGCUACGGACUAUGCGUCUCACGCAUUCACUGGGAAGGAGUAG